GGAAGAGAAAAUUCUCUAUCUUUGGAAUCACCGAGGAGCAAAAGGUGCAUACAAGUUCAACAAUUCCUCCUUAGUUUUCCUUUGGUUUUAAAAAAUGAACAAGAAGAAAUUAGUUCGGAUAACAGGGGUUCCAAAAAUUGAGAACCUGGAGUCAUCUCAUGAGGACACUGUUACAAUUCCUAAGGAACAAUGGGAAGCCAUGUUUCCUAAAGGUGCAGCUCCUGAUUUCCGUAAACCCAGAACAGAACAAAUUGUUACAAAUCAGGGUACCUUAGGAACUAAAUAUGUUCCACCUGGUGCAAAAAAGCAUGUUGGUCAUGGCAAGAUUUGCUUCGAGAGACAUAAAUUGUCCAUAUCUGAUCCUAAGUCACCUGCUGAAUUGAUCGGAACAGGACAAAUUGUUGCAGAUCAGGGUACCUCAGGAACUAAAUAUGUUCCACCUGCUACAAAAAAGCAUGAGGAUCUUGACGAGAUUUCCUUCGGAAGACAUGAGUUGUCCAUGUUUGAUGCUAAGUCACCUGCUGAAUUAUUCGGAACAGGACAAAUUGUUACAGAUCAGGGUAGCUCAGGAGCUAAAUAUGUUCCGCCUGUUACAAAAAAGAAUGUGGAUCUUGGCAAGAUUUCUUUCGGGAAACGUGAAUUGUCCAUAUUUGAUCCUAAGUCACAUGCCGCUUACAGAAGUGCUGCAAAGGUUUCACAAGUUCAACAAUGUCUUCUGGACAACCUUUGGUUCUCAAAUUCAACAAAAAAUUCGAAGUGGUUCUCAGUAACCAUGAACUGUCUUAAUUAUUAUUUAGCUAACCUUGCGGUUUGCUAUCUUGUUAUGACGGGUGAUCACCAAGGAAUUUAUGCUUCAGAGCUAGAAAUCCUUAAGGUCAAUAAAAAAGAUGAACUUUAUAUCCCUUGCUCCACUGUUUCUGAAGCCUGCGAGAAGGCCAAGAAGCUUAAUAAUUUUCAAUAUUUCUCACCACAGCUCAAGCACACUGAUCUUUGUGAAGCAUACGAUAAUGCACUCAACAGCUACUCAACAAUCCAGACAGCCAAAGCAGAAGUAGAACUUAAGCUUUGGGAGACUCAACAAAAGCUACAAAUCAUGAAGGACGCCUUUAGCUCGGUAAUUGAAGAACUUUCAAACUUUGAAGUUGAAGAAGGGGUCCCAUUCUCUCAGCUUCCGGAGAUCAGAUCAAUAAUUGAGAGACAAGAAUCUGCGUACGAAAAAGUAAAGAUAAAAAACGCAGAAGACUUGAAAAAAGAAAACCCUCCAAGCGAAGCAAAGGUGGAGGAGAAAAAGGCAAAGAGAAAACGUCAGCAAUGCCAGGAAUAUUUUGACCAAGGGGGCGUAUACCUUCAAUUGGAGCCAGGUGAAAUUCUCGCUCUUAGUUUGACCAAGAGAAGCAUAUAUACUUUCAAUUACGAUGAAAAAUUGUGUUCUCACUACUAGCAUAAAAAUUGUAUCCCCACCCCAACACCAAAAAAAAAAAAAAAAAAAAUCCGACCUCAGUGUGAAUUCAUAUUAUAAAAGUAGAAGUAGCACGAAAUACUCAUUGCUAGAUGAGGUCCAAUUUGUACGCUGAACAAUUGGGAUUCUUGUGUUAGAUGUUUGAU